AUGGUCCGUCCCCCUACAGUGAUGUCCCCAUCUGGAAACCCCCAGCUGGAUUCCAAAUUCUCCAAUCAGGAAUGUAAUUCUGCUGACCACAUAAAAUCCCAGGAUUCUCAGCACACACCACACUCAAUGACCUCAACAAAUACGGCAGCCCCCAAGUCUUCCACCCCCUCCCAUGGCCAGACUACUGCCCCAGAGCCCACACCUGCUCAGAAGACUCCAGCCAAAGUGGUGUAUGUGUUUUCUACUGAGAUGGCAAAUAAAGCUGCAGAAGCUGUAUUGAAGGGCCAGGUUGAAACUAUUGUCUCUUUCCACAUCCAGAACAUCUCUAACAGCAAGACAGACAGAAGCACAGCCCCUGUGAAUACACAGAUACCUGCCCUUCGGAAUGAUCCAAAACCUCUCCCACAACAGCCCCCAGCACCAGUCAACCAGGACCAGAAUUCUUCACAGAAUACUAGACUUCAGCCAACUCCACCCGUUCCGGCACCAGCACCCAAGCCUGCCGCACCCCUGCGCCCCCUGGACCAAGAUAGUCCUGGGGUAGAAAGCAAGCUGAUUCCCUCUGUAGGAAGCCCUGCCAGCUCUACACCACUGCCCCCAGACGGUACCGGGCCAAACUCAACACCCAACAACCGAGCUGGGACCCCUGUCUCUCAGGGGAGCAAUAGUUCUUCAGCAGAUCCCAAAGCUCCCCCACCUCCACCUGUGUCCAGUGGAUCGGGAGACUCGCCGCUAGAAGACGAUGAAGUCGAGUAUUCACGCGCUAGAUAUAAAGACACCCUGUGGUGUUCCCCCAUCAAGGUGAAAUAUGGGGAUGUGUACUGCAGGGCCCCUCAAGGAGGAUACUACAAAACAGCGCUGGGAGCCAGGUGUGACAUUCGCUGCCAGAAGGGCUAUGAGCUGCAGGGCUCUUCUCAACUCAUCUGCCAGUCAAACAAGCGGUGGUCUGACAAGGUCAUCUGUAAGCAAAAGCGAUGUCCUACCCUUGCCAUGCCAGCAAAUGGAGGGUUUAAAUGUGUAGAUGGUGCCUACUUUAACUCCCGGUGUGAGUACUACUGCUCUCCCGGGUACACACUGAAAGGAGAGCGGACAGUGACAUGCAUGGACAACAAGGCCUGGAGUGGGAGACCAGCCUCCUGUGUGGAUAUAGAACCUCCUAGAAUUAAGUGUCCAAGUGUGAAGGAACGCAUUGCUGAACCCAAUAAGCUAACGGUUCGGGUGUCUUGGGAUACCCCUGAGGGAAGAGACACAGCAGAUGGUAUUCUGACUGAUGUCAUUCUAAAAGGCCUCCCCCCAGGCUCAAAUUUUCCAGAAGGCGACCACAAGAUCCAGUACACAGUUUAUGACAGAGCUGAGAACAAGGGUAUUUGCAAAUUUCGGGUUAAAGUAAGAGUCAAACGCUGCGGCAAACUCAAUGCUCCGGAAAAUGGUUAUGUGAAGUGCUCCAGUGAUGGUGACAAUUAUGGAGCUACCUGUGAGUUCUCCUGCAUUGGUGGCUAUGAGCUACAAGGCAGCCCUGCCCGAGUGUGUCAAUCUAACCUGGCUUGGUCUGGCACAGAGCCCACCUGCACAGCCAUGAACAUCAACGUAGGCGUCAGAACAGCAGCUGCACUUCUAGAUCAAUUUUAUGAGAAAAGACGACUACUCAUCCUGUCUACACCCACAGCCCGAAAUCUUCUUUAUCGGCUGCAGCUGGGAAUGCUUCAGCAAUCUCAGUGCAACUUGGAUCUUCGGCAUAUCACCGUGGUGGAGUUGGUGGGUGUGUUCCCAACUCUCAUUGGAAGGAUAGGAACAAAGAUUAUGCCUCCAUCUCUAGCUCUGCAGCUCAGGCUGCUGCUGCGAAUCCCACUGUAUACCUUCAGUAUGGUGCUUGUGGAUAAGCAUGGCAUGGACAAGGAACGUUACAUCUCCCUGGUGACACCCAUGGCCCUCUUCAACCUGAUCGACACUUUCCCCUUGAGAAAAGAGGAGAUGGUCCUGCAAGCCGAAAUGGGCCACACCUGUAGCACCUGAUGUGCUGGUUCCUUGGUGCUCCCCCUUUGGUUUCUCUUCUCUUUCUAUGUAACACUAUGCACACAGGGAAGGUCUUGAGAAAUAUCUUUGAUGUACAGA